ACCAUUAGGCAAGUUCUCUCUGACUGAGUCGCCAUUUUCUCGUCGGGGGAGAGUGAGAAAGAGAGAUAGAGAUACAAGGAGACCUGUCGUCCUUUUUAGUCGCUGCUGCCCUCGGACUUCUUUUCCCCCCGCAACGGAUCUACCUUCCUUCGUGUUCCCAUGCCAGGGAGGAGGAGAAAAGAGUGAAGAAGCAGGAGCCCCCGCAAUAUGGCGUGUCUGAACACCCUCAAGCAGGAAAUACGGGUACUGGAGAGCGCAUUCCCCAAAACAGACGAGCUCUUCCAAGUUGUCGCUGCCAGCGUCGACGAGCUGACCUGUCGCUUCAUUUCCAAGACGGGCAAAAAGUACGACGUCCACGCCAACAUCACAGAAACUUAUCCACACUCCCCACCUGUCUGGUUUGCAGAGACAGAAGACACAAAUGUCACCAAUGCCAUUGAACGUAUCAGCAACACUAAUGGUAGAGAUAAUCAUGUGUUACAACAGGUGAAACUUUUACUACGAGAGUUGUGUGCAGCGUAUGGGAUGGAGGAACCUCCGGACCUAGAAGAUAGACUCGAUAUUGUAUCUGUUCCUCAGGUCAUUAAUGGCAAUGACUCACUCGAUCAUCAUGAAGAAUAUGAAGACUCAGAAAUGGAGGAAGAAGAGGAAGAUAUGGAGGAGGAUAUACACUUGGAAAUGGAGGAUAGCAGUCAUUCGCAUGCUGCCCAAAAAGACGAGGGCAUUGACCCGGGUAACCUUGCAACUCUUGACAGGCUAAAAGCUAAUCAGAGGCAAGACUAUCUAAGAGGUUCAAUCUCCGGCAGUGUCCAAGCCACUGAUCGGCUUAUGAAGGAGCUCAGGGAUAUUUAUCGCUCAGAUAGCUUCAAAAAAGGUGUUUACAGUGUGGAGCUAGUAAACGACAGUUUAUAUGAAUGGAAUGUCAAACUCCAGAUUGUCGACUCUGAUUCACCGCUCCACAAUGACAUGGUGCUGCUCAAAGAAAAAGAGGGAACGGACCACAUACUUUUCAACUUCCAUUUUAAGGAGAUGUACCCCUUCGAGCCCCCUUUUGUGCGUGUAGUUCAUCCAGUCAUCAGCGGAGGUUAUGUUUUAGUAGGAGGGGCUAUAUGUAUGGAGCUUCUCACAAAACAGGGUUGGAGUUCAGCGUACACAAUAGAAGCAGUAAUUAUGCAGAUAGCAGCGACGUUGGUUAAAGGCAAAGCAAGAAUCCAGUUCGGGGCAAAUAAAGCUGGCAAAGUCAGUGGGCAGUAUAGUUUGGCGAGAGCACAGCAGUCAUUCAAGUCUCUUGUACAGAUACAUGAAAAAAAUGGUUGGUUCACACCUCCAAAGGAAGAUGGGUAAAGAUUGGUGGCAAGGGAUUGUAUAUUCCCUCUCCAUUACCCUCUCUUCCCACUCCCCAACCCAAACGCCUCCCUCAUUCUGGCUGUUGCCACGACCUCUUCCACCAUCUACAUUUCAUCUCUACUACCACUUCAUGGCAACUCGUUACAUAGGUCUGGAAGUCGAGGUCCUGUUUUCCAAGUAUGCAGCAUGAUUAAGCUCAUCAUUAGUUCGAUCCAAUUAUUGUUCUUUUAUUACUCGAAAUAAGCUAUAGUUUUUUUCUAUUUAUGGUUUUCAUGGUUUGUUUUUGUCAAGUAUGAUGAAUCAAUAAAGUUAAAAAAAUUAGGCUACUUAAUUAGAAAACUUCCCGUCAUUGUGAUGUGCAUCUUAGUGGUACAGGCAUAAUUUUUGUUAUUAAAUGAUAAGCAAAUUUGCAUUGAUCACCCAUUUUUUAUGAAUCAUCAUUUUUAAUCCAGUUAUGACUGCUGAUUCUAAAUUAUUGGAUUGAAGCAGGCUUAUCUGAUGCGGGUUUUAAGUCUGUAAUUAUAAGGCUCUCUUUGUACUCUUCCCAUAUCUGUUUCUCAUUUCAUCGAACUUUUGCGACAUCCACAUUCUCAUUAUAGGCUUAAUUUUCAUUUUAUUCUGUUGUGCACAUGGCAUGACAUUUCACAGAGAGAUUCCUUAUGUAAUGUGAGUUUUAAUUUUUUUUUUUUUUGCUCUAGAACUGACUUCAUAUGAAACCGUGAAAUUUUUCUAUCAGGGAAAUCAUUGUAUUUGUACGGUGGAGGUGAAGACAAGUAGCAGUGAAUUGGAAGAAAGAAAAGUUUGAUUUCUGGCAAGAACUCCUUGUGAUCAAAAGUACCGUCAUUUUUCAAUGCCUUGGGCAUUCUUAAGCAUUGCACUAGUGAUGGUUUAGUGUUUUGAAAUAUAUUUUGAGCAACAAAUGAAUGAACCAAUGUGAUAUUAUGAGAGACUGACCAGUUGUUGUAUGCGGUUUUAUAUGUAUCGGAUUUCUUUUUAUUGAACUAAUGUGUCUUCUUUCAUGAGCUAAGUAUAUGACUGGAAGGGACUGUAGUAAGUCACUAAGUGUUUGCUGUUUGAAAACGAGAACUGGAAGUACAAUGGGCAAAAUCAUGCAGUUUUUAAGGAAUGUAUUCUGACUGACUGAUAGGUGUCUUGUAUUAAGGACUCUGCAUCUAGAAACAAGUUUUGUGGGCAAGUCUUGUACAAGCAUUGUUUCGUUGCUUAGGCUCUUCGGAACAUCAACGGAAAUAGAGAACAUUUUACAUUUGAAAUGUUUGGCAUCGUAUUAUGGAUGGAGUUUUCUGUUAUAGUUUUUAUUAUACAUAAUGUUUAAUUUUGCUUCCGCAUUUGAACAAGAUACACUUGAAAACAUCUGGAGAUAUAGUUUACAUGAUCCGAGCAGGUUUGGAUCAUAUUGUAUUAACCAUUAGUGACAAUUGCAGUAUGUUCAGAUGCAAUGAGAUUAUUUAAUUAUUGAGUAGUGGGAAAAAUUACUAUAUUCCUCAAGAUUUGGACUGUUAAAUUCAAAACCUGCCUCGUGUAAACUGGUGGAGGUGAAAGAACAGUGUGCUGUUUUCACAGAUAUCAGUAAGAAAUUAUUAUAAGCUAUAUUAAAGAAAUUGACCUGUUUAUUAUGUUCUUAGUUGACAUCCUUCAGAGUUGUGCAGCACAUAUUCUGUGAACGACGCAAGCGAUGCAUGUAUAUUGGCUGCACAGCUUGAACACUGCAAUCAUCUGGAUUCUCAUUUCAGUAAAAAUGCACUAUGAGAUACUGAAGUUUCAUAUUGAAUUGAUGUGUGAGCUUGGAAGGCAAAUGUUUUAAACUAGUCAUGGUGACUUAGGAAUAUGGACAAUAUGAUGAUGCCAGCAUGUAGGGUCAUAAUAUUAGUUUUUAAAGGUAUUCCAAAGGAACUGUUGUUUUAGUAUUCCAUUUCUCUUGAAUUUUCAUAUGUUGGUUCAGGUAAUUCAUUUAUUAAACUCAAACUGUAGUGUCCCAAACCCUCAGUGUUUGUUUCACUAGAUUUGCUGCUAAAAUUAUGAAGAACUGGAGGCAUUCAGAAAAGUUGUCUUGUACUUUGUUAUUGCCAGGCUUCUUUAUCAGAGGUAGUAAGUUCUUGUUUAGAAUACCUGGAUUAAGUUUUUCUUUUGAUUGCCAGACUAAAUCCAUGGUAUUAACUGUAGUUCCUUUACAGAGUACAGUAUGUCAAGUGUUUUAAAAGUGCCUAUAGGUCAUGGUAUGAUAGUUGUGACAUUGUGAUGAAGCACUUAAAUGUUCCUGGAUUUGAUACAGUAGUAAAUCCAAGUAUUCUUCCCCUUCAUGUAUGCCACAAUCCCUUUCUUGACAAUUCAUUGUAACAUACUGAAAUGAAGUGAAAUCCUCAUUUCUGGACAUGAUUGCUCUUAACGAUAUUUUUGAAGUUGUGAGACUAAUUUAGUUUGUGAAAAGUUUGUCCUGUAAUUUAUUAAUUGGACUACAAGGUAUAAUUCUUCUGUUUCACACUCGUUUUAUUGAACAGGCCAUUGCUAAUGAAAUUUAUAUACUUGUUGCACAAUAUUUGUCUCAAGUAGCUCAUGCAUCCCAACUCAUAUUUUGGAGACGUUGAAAAGUCGUUCAUUUCGGUUUGUAAAAUAUAAAGCUUGUUGCUCAUGGAUUUAAACUUGUUUGUAGAUGCAAUGUCUUGGUGCCAACAGUUUCCUAUAUUCAAUGGAGAGUAAGGGGUACACCUAUUUUUAUCCCUUAGCCAUUGUGAAAGUCCACACCAUCAUUCCUUGUCAUGUCAUCCAGAGAAGUGAUAUUACUUGUACUCUGUCAGCCAAACAGGAAAGAGGUCUUCAUAUUGAUGAGGUGGAGGAGCAGUUAGUAACAGUAUAAAUAAUGGAAUGUAUGUGAAUACUUGUAAUCUCUUUAGUUAUUUUUUUUCCUGGAGAGAGAUUAAUUAUAGUGAUACAGCACGUUUGUACUAAGUACUUGCCUUGUAUAUUGUGUACAAAGGUAAACAAUGGAAGGUUUUGUAGUUUUUUUGUAUGAUUUACAUACUUUUGUUUGUAUUACUCUUCCAUAUUCAUUUAUUUAGGGCCUAUGUAGUAUUACCACCCCCCUAGAAUAUGGAAAUAUGCAGUUAGGGGCUUGAAAACUAGGUUUUUUUUAUAUAUAAAGUUCCUAGCUGAAGAUUGGAAGGAAAUGGAAAACAUGCUUACAGUUAACUGUACUGCCAAAGAUAAAAGCAUGCAUCACUGAAAGAAUGGUGAUGCUUGGGAAUAUUAAGAGCCUUGAAGCAUGAAAGUAGUCUGAAGAAUAUGCAGGCCUACUUUAGAGUUGCUAACCUGUAUAUAUGGAAGAUUUACCUGGAAAGCCAGAUAUAUUCAGCACAAGUUUUACUUUUAUUGGGGUUCCUGGUAUGUAGAAGGAAGAGUGCUGUGGCGAUUGGGUUAAGAAGUUGAUGGUUUACUGGACACCCAAAAAGCAGGAACUAAAGUUCCCAAAAAGGAAACAAACUUAUUUCACGAGAAAGGAAGAAAAGAUUUAUAGUGCCUAAGUGUUAAAAAAAAAUCUAUUCGCGUUUAUUGAGGUCAUUCCUUAAGGAUGCAGUUUGAAAAUGUGUCUGGUUAAAUGAUAACUGGGAAGGUAGUUUUCAGUUUUCCCCCGUCCUGUAGACUGAGCUGGACUCAAAGAAAGAGGCAUUAUUCUCAUAAUGAGAAACAAGUGGUACAAAUUAAUAUUAUGCUGUAUUUGGAAACGAUUCAGGGCAAGUGAAAUCAAUAAUACCAACCCUGUUUAUGCAGGCAUGCAAAUACUGCAGAGAUAUGUCUGGCAUUACCAAUAUCAUUUCUGACAGUUUUGUAAUGGUCUGAACUGUCAUCGCUUUUACAACCAGUACCUAAAAGUACUGGUUCCUACUCCUUUAUUCAGGAAUGCCCAGUAUAUUUUAUAACACAAUUUUGUAAAAUAGUUUGUCAAUGUAUCAUAUGUUCAUUUGCUAAAUGAAUGAUCGUCUUUGAAUCUGUGCUGGACAAAUUUCUUAAAUUACUCGAGCACCAAGUAACUGAAUGCUUGUACGUAGUAAUAUCACACACAAUCUCUUCCUACCUUGGAUAAAGCAGAUUUGUAAUAACCCCUGUUUGUCUGCUAAUGUAUGGUGGUUCAUUCAGAAAGAGGCACUAUUUUUGUGGACAGUACAACAACACCAAAGUUAAUUUUGGAAUAAAACUGCUCAGGCAUACUCUACAUUAAAUGUACGUAGUUACUAAUAUUAGUACUGAAACUUCUCAAGUCCAGUUGAAUUAUGAACUACAUGUACAGUUUGGAGGCUUACCAACAGUUUAUGAUAAUGAAACUGAAUAAUGUAAAAGUUACGAGUCACCUUGUGAAUAAAAUGAAUUACAUCUUUUAUUAGUGAUUAAAAGAUAGGUAUUUUUGUACUAGUGGCAAAAAUAAACUUUUCGUGUUAGAUGACUAAAUCUUUUGUUGGAAAACACAGGAAAUGAGAUUUCCAAUUAUGAGUUUCAAGCUGAUAAUGUCACUAAAUAUUUUAUAACAGGAACUUCAUGAUUUAUUUUAUCCAUUACUCAAGAAAAGUUUUAUCAAGGGAAGAACACAGGUCAAACGAUUUUUAUUACCAGGCAGGAGUGAAUUGUUCACAAUAUUUCUAAAACUGCAGAUGCAAUGUUUGCAAGUGAUAUCGUAAUGUUUCACUUAAAUUACAUUAGACACUAAAAUUUUAAAGUACUUUACUGAGUCAGUUUUUAUAGUUUCCAUUUCACUUAGAAAUAAGUAGUACUGGUUUACUCUUGAUACUGUAUAUCAGUUUGGUUUGACAUCCCAUUUCACAGAUGCACAAAUUCAAUUUGGAAUUACUUUGAAAAUAGGAAUACUACAACAGGGAAGAAAUUAAACUAUCAGCUAAAAUGGAUAUUUUACAGCUUGCUUAUUGUGGGGAAAAAAAGUAAAUGUGGUUUAUGUAAAGCAAAUGCAUUUUCCUGGAUGUUAAAAUGUAAAGGAAUUGUCAAGUUUUACAUUCUGAGUCUUCACUACAAGUGUUGGUAAGAUCAUUCCAGAACUAUGGACAAGAAUACAUCUUACGAAUGGAAGUGACCACGCACACAAAUUACAAAAUCAAAAAAAGUUGCCCAGUAAUGUUUCUAGUAAUUGUUUAUUUACCUUUAGUUCUUUUUCCGAAAACAAAUAAUUGUAGUAUUAUAUUCAGAUUACUAAGAAGUAUUAUUCAGUGAAUGUAUGAUUUAUUAUUUUGUAAGCAAGGAUUUCCUGGAAUAGCUUUAAAGCUGUCAAAAUUUAAAAGGUCAACUGGAAAAAAUAAUUAUUUUUGGGCAGGAAAGCAUAGUUCAAGUCAGUUUGAAAAUCUAGUCCUUAAUCUGCAUGCUUAGUCGAUUUUUUUUUCAGAUCUAAUGAAAGGGCUCUUAUUAUUUAAAUGAAAUACAAUGCAAUAGUAAAAGCCCUGUUUAUCUUGUCACUGUUGAUCUGCCCAAUGAAAAUUAUUACUCCCGAAAUCAAAGAGUGUACUUACAAAACUGCCCUCCACCUCUUAUAUAUAUAUAAAAAGCUGAAUGCCAGACUGAUGCUAUGUACAUUUUUAAUUCAUUACAUUGCCUGUUAAAAAUGAUUGCCUACUUGUAUAUUAUAUGAGAAUGUUUCAAUAAAAUAGCGGUCCA